AUGUCCAAUGUCAUUGGCCUUGUCAAGUGCCCAUGUCGAUCUUUUGGUUGCGGGAGUGACCCCCAAGGAUAUCGGGAACAACAACCAAAGAUCAAGCAACAACAUCAGAAGGCUGAUGAGCUCCACGACGCCCUUGACGCCCACACAGCUCAACAAGCAACUCAAGGGGCUGCUCAGAACACUCAACCAGAGCCUCUGAACAGGCAGGGCAAAGACAUGGGAUGGGAGUUGCCUCCGGGGAACGACAGGCUGGAUGUUGAGGAUAUCAUGAAUGUUGGCCAGGUCUUUGUGCAGGAACUCUUCAAUAUGUAUGGUCUCCAGGAGGAGGCCCACAAUCAGUCUCUGAACAACGAAGGCAAUGAAGAGCUCAGCAACAAUGACAACUUCUUCACCCGGCAAAUGCGAGCUCACACACCUCCCCCCAAUAUCAACUCUGAAAAUGAGGAUCAAGGCAAAGACAAGGAGGAGCUGGUCCAGCCCAAAGAGCCCAUCAACCAGGCUCAACAAGCCCUCAAAGACACUCUCUACGCUCCCAUGGAUGAUCUAUUCGACUAUUCAGACGUACACGAUCAGGACGUUCGUCACAACCAGCAACCACUCACGUUCAGUGCCCACCCCUCCAUUUGCAACACGUACAUCAGGGUAUUCACUCUGUGUGAUGGUGUCUCCCACACUGCAGCCUAG